CCCCAGCCCGGCCGUGGAGCGAGGCGGCGGCCGGGCCCGGGCGAGCGGGCCGAGGGGCGCGGCGAGAGCGGUGCGCGGCGCCAGGCGGGCCCGCCUCUCCCCCCGCGGGGCUCCGGCCCCCUCCGCGAGCAGCGGCGGCGGCGGCGCCCCGGCCGGCCCCCCGCGCCGCGGGGCCGGCGCGCAGCGCCCAUGAGGGAGUACAAGGUGGUGGUCCUGGGGAGCGGGGGGGUGGGCAAGUCGGCGCUGACGGUGCAGUUCGUGACCGGGACCUUCAUCGAGAAGUACGACCCCACCAUCGAGGACUUCUACCGCAAGGAGAUCGAGGUGGACUGCUCGCCGUCGGUGCUGGAGAUCCUGGACACGGCCGGGACGGAGCAGUUCGCCUCCAUGCGCGACCUCUACAUCAAGAACGGGCAGGGCUUCAUCCUGGUCUACAGCCUGGUCAACCAGCAGUCCUUCCAGGACAUCAAGCCGAUGAGGGACCAGAUUGUACGUGUGAAGAGAUACGAAAAGGUGCCCCUGAUCCUGGUGGGGAAUAAAGUCGACCUGGAGUCAGAGAGGGAGGUUUUGUCUGCAGAAGGCCGGGCGCUGGCUCAGGAGUGGGGCUGCCCCUUCAUGGAGACGUCCGCCAAGAGCAAGACCAUGGUGGAUGAACUCUUUGCAGAGAUUGUGAGACAAAUGAACUAUGCGUCCCUGCCAGAAAAGCAGGAGCAGUGUUGUACAACUUGCGUUGUCCAGUGAGGGAGAAAGCGAAAUCUCCAUCAUGGCCAUAACAGAGCAGAUAAAACUCAGAGGAAAUUUGCACAGAUGCUGCGUUGGAGAACCCUUUUAAGCCCAGGUUGCCGAACUGAGCCUUGCUAAAUCUCGUCUCUGUCUUCAGAGCACAUUUCCAGGCAUCGAGUGCAAAAAGGCAAGCGGCAGCUGGGGAGAGGCGUGGGCCUGCUACAAACACUUAGCAUGUUUACCAUUUGAUUUGGAAAUCUGUUCUUGAUCUCUUGGGGUUUUUUUUUAUAGCUUUCUAAGUUCCUAUUAAUGGCUAAUAUGCAAAAGUUCAUUUUAAAAAUAUUUUAUUUCUUUAAUUGAUUUCUAAAUCUUGUAUUUAUUAAACUUUAAACUCAGUAUUACCUACUCAAUGCCUUCUUAAGAUAAAAUUUUAAUGGAGAAUAAAAGUGAGCCUUAAACACAAACGGUUACUCCUGUAUAUUACCUCACAUCCAUGUUUGAUUUGCAAAAGAGAGAGAGAGAGAGAGAAAAAGUUGAAAGAAAAAAGGUUUCUUCUCCUCUGAAAUGUCAUUGAUUGGAACUUUGAAACAUUCUGUUUACACGUGAUGGUGUCAUAGAAGGAUGCUUAGGAAUUGCCCGAUGUGUGAGGAGGUGGCAUCCCUUUUCUCAGCAGCUGUGGUGGCCUGGUAGGUAGAAAAAAAGCUUUUGGGUGGGGACUGGAGACAUCCAGCAAUUGGUAAGUGUGUUCUCUGUUGUAUGGUAUUCAGAUUCGGGUUUUGUUUAAAAAAAAAAAAAAAAGGCUGUGUUGAAAAUCACCUGUUCAUCUGCUUAUUGCAUUCACCUUCCAAAUUCUGAUAGACUUUUUCUUGCAAACGGACAACGCGUCCUCACAGAGUUUGUGUUCGAAAGCAGAAAUGAGCUUGAGCUUCCCUGCUAGGAUUUAAGGUGACAUUGGCAAAUUAAAAGGACUUUACGCGAUUGUUUAAAUAUUCUUUCCUACCAAAUACAUUGAAGCAAUAUAGGAGCUGGCCUGGUUUGGUGCUCUGUUGCUCGCUUGUUCCGUUUCUGUUGGGUGCAGCAUUAGUUGGUCUAACAGGGCAAGAGAUGAAGUGAUAGUCCUCCAGACAGGAGCCUUCGUAACCCUUGCCUUCCGUGGCCUGUAUCUCAUUUAAACUGCGAUUUAGCUAAUUGUGUCUUUGAACAGCAACACAGAUGUUGAGCAGAAUGAAGAGUGCAUUAGUGGAAAUGCUCGCACCGCGACUGCUGUAGACAUUGGAGACCUUUUCCUAACACUGAUGUAAGAAAUGGCUUUUCUCCCCUCUGGAGAGAGUGAAGCUGCACCAGAAGAUGGAGGUUUAAAAGCCCAUCUGAAGUCAUUUGACCCUACAUCUAGUAAGUGUUGACUUCUGUAGAAGCCCAAAGCUUAGUGUUAACCAACUUCCAUCCUUAAGUGAUGGUCUGGGUUGGCACUUGGCAUCAGCAUGCUGUGUCUUUAACCUGAUUUGAGCCUUCCCAGUGUUUUAAUCUCUAAACUCAAAAUUUGCAGUGAAAUAAAGGUUAGGCUUGCACUUUAAUAGAAGUCUUCAAACUGAAACCUCCUUUUACAGUGCUUUUCACAUUGGCCAAGUAUUGGAUGUGCCAAGGGGAUGCAGAAUUCACACUGGUGACUGUACCUUAUUUCUUAAGUGGUAGAAACGUUGCAUUGAUUCUGAACCUCUCUGUUGGUUGACCUCUUGAAAAAAAUUCCACUCUUUCUAAAUCGGAGACGGGAACAGUAAAGAGUUGGCAUCUGACCUGGGCUGCCUCAGCGCAGCUUGGAGUAAGGGGCUGACCAUUUAAAAGAGGCGUCCCUCCUGGUUGUGACAUGUAUUGCGAGGUUCAGAUCCAGGCAUCCUCUGCGCUGUUCGCAUCCCUGCCCCUUGCUUCAGGCCCUGGGUUCCAGAAUGACUCAGCGGAGCUGCUCAGGGCCUCUUCUGGUUCAGCCGAGAGAAGGCGCUGGUGCCCUCGUCCCACUGACACUGUUGACUCCCUGCAGCGGGGCACUUUGGGCCCUGCAGGUCUCACCAAUAACCCCAGGUGGUUCGUGUGGUGGCAGAGGAGGAAGGGGGACUCUGGUGCUGGGAGAAUCAUUUCCCUCCGCUUCAAAUGUCUCUUUCCCCACGUGGCGCAACGGGAAGCAAGCCAGUGCUCCUUUGUAUGGGUGUGGCCAUCCCAGUGCACAGACCCAGCCGCUGACAGGAGCGAUUCCUUUCUGGGGCUGAGAGUGGCACCCCCUGCCUGGAUACGGCACAACGGUCCUGAUAUGCCUGAAUAUUCUUGCAAUUUAAUUCCGUGUAUCAAAUGUACUGUACCUCUUCCUGGGGAAAACUAAAAAUCUGGAAAUCUGGCAAGUACAAAACUAGGACAAUGAUCGAAUGCUUUGUAAAUGUAAACCACCAUUUUUUUCUCCUUGCCCCUCCAAUUUCAUUCAUUCUUAUUUUGUAAGACAGCCCUACAGUCCAGCUGUUUGUAACUUUUUUAAUAAAAUAGUUACCUGUAUUACCAAAA